AUGUUGUCCAACACCAUCACCAUCGUGCCCAGCAUGGACGCGCGGGUUGUCGAGCCCUUGCAGGCCUUCAGCCCGUCUCGAGUCUCAUUACCCACAUCUCUCCCCUUGGACACACUGGCAUUCGCCCGCAAGACCGCCGCACACGAAGCCCUCGUCGAGCGCAUCGCCGAGAUCAUCGCCUCAUAUCGCAUCUCCGGACCCGACGACCGGUAUGAAGACGUAUACAAGCCCAAGCUGCUGGAGACGCUGCGCGUCUUUGUGACCCGCCAGGAACCCAUCAACCUCGUCGUCCCCGCGUACCCGUUCAAGAGCCCCAACCGCGAAGAGAAGGUGCUCGGCCCGGACGUCGACGUCGGCGAGCGCAUGUCCCUCGAGCACUUCAACUCGAUCGGCGCGCGCAUCCAGCAGAUCUACCCGCCCGGCGGGCACGUCACGAUCGUCAGCGACGGGUGCUGCUACAACGACCUCCUCGGCGUCUCGGACGAGGAAGUCUUCCGGUACGCGGAGGGCCUGCACCGCAUCACGGAGAAGCUGCAGCUGCGCCACCUGCGCUUCUCCGACCCCUUCGAGCUGAUCGAGGGCCCGGAGCACGUCCCCACCACCGAGGCGGAGUAUGCGCAGCGCAUCGGCGCCGUCAAGGACCUGCUCUUCAACUCCUACCUGCCCUCCGGGUACGACUUCGACGCGGACCUGAAGAAGGACCCCAACGCGCUCCUCACGUACCGCGGGUACAUCAAGUUCCUGAUCUCCGACCUCGCCACGUUUUUCAAGGAGCGCAAGAUGAGCAAGUCCGCCGUCAAGAAGCACUGCUCGGCCGUCGCGCGCGGCAUGAUCGAGCGCGGCAAGGCGUUCGCCGCCCUCGUCGGCAUCGCCUCCCCGCUGCACGUCCGUCUCUCCAUCCACGCCAGCGACAACACCCGCAAGCUCUCCGUCGCCCUGCUCCCGCACAAGCGCUACAGCAACUUCCCCGUCACCCCCUGGCACACCACCCCCUACCUCGACGCCGACAACGCCUCGCUCACCCUCAGCCGCAAGCCCGCCGCCGGCGACGGCACCGAAACCACGUACACGCUCUGCCACGACGAGCUGGGGCUGGCGUUCCUGCGCGCCGACGUCCCCAUGUACCGCGUCAUCGACGCGGCGCACAUCCAGCUCGAGCCGCUGUACCCCUUCGGGCUGCGCAUCCGGGUGCCCCGCGACACGCCCAUCAGCCGGUUCCGCCUGGCGAACGUGGCGGAGCUGGCGCGCGUGCACUCGCCCAUCGUCUUCGAGGGGCUGGACCCGCUGCAGUACACGAGCGAGAUCGCGGACGACUUCCAGCGCGUCGCGGGCGGCGCGCUGUCGCUGAGUCUGCUGCACGAGGGGAUCGUCCCGGCGGGCGAGGCGGCCUCGUAUUUCGUGCAGGUGGGCGGCGGCGGCGCGGAGGACGGCGGCGCGGUCAUGCCGUUCGUGGAGGCCGCCGCGGCGCUGGACGAUGUGCGGUAUCGCGUGCUGCACCAGUGGCGGGACGGGCAUGCGGUGGUGGCUGAUCAUCGGGUUGCGCUGCCGGUGCAUUUGAGCCCGUCGAGUCUGAGGGUGUUGAGGGCUGGGAUUUAG